GUAAUUUCAGCGGAGAAAAAUGAUUUGGCGCUGCGUCAUUUGCUACGUAUUUGUGGCUCUUACUCUCAAAUCUUUAUUGAGUCACAUUAAUUUUGCACAUAGUCGUAGUCCAGAUUUCCGCCUGGUUUGUGGAAUAGAUGGAUGCACUAAAGAGUACCGAGUCUACAACUCUUUUUGGUAUCACGUUAGACGAACACACUCACAAUAUCUAGACGGCGUGAGCAGGACCAGAUCACUUCGGAGAGAGAGAUCAGUCCACGAGACAUCCAGCAACAAUGUGUGGGCAGAUAGUGGGCCAACAUUGGUGGCUCAGGAUGCAGGGAACUCAAGUAACAGGUCGGAUAAUGGAACGACAUUGGAAAACACUGUGUAUCUACCACCCUCUCUUCCUGUUCCUGUGGAACAUUUUGGUGAUUUUGACGCUUUCGAUACUGGUGAAACGGUGUUUUCUGGCUUAAGCACUAACUCCGUUUUGCCGACGCCUCAGAACUUGGAAAUACAGGAUGUACUGAAUGAAACUUCAGAUUCGAAUCCCACACAGCUCAUUCCAAACAGGCCUUUAGAUGACUCAUGUUCUUCAUGCCUCCCCAAAGAAACCACGAAUGAUGAAUUAUCAAGUGAUGACGUGCUGUCCAGACAUGCCACCGCUGUUGUGAUAACUGCUAGAGAGAAACAUCAUCUCUCACAGAGCGGUGUGAAUGACGUUGUGGCAGCAGUUCAGGAGUAUCAAGCUCAGUUGUUGAACAGCUUGAGGAGUCAGCUACAAACAGUGUUCCACAGACAUUCAGAAAGUGAGCUUCAACAAGAAGCUUUGGGAAUCUUUGACUGCUUUAAAGAUCCAUUUGCUGCCAUUUCAACUACAUACAGGCAAGACAGUGUCAUAAAAGAAAAAUUCAGUUAUGUGGAAGCAGAAGAAAUUUCAGUUGGAUUAGCAGCAUCCUGUCAAAAAAGGGGAAAAAGGAGAGACCUCUGCAUAAAAAACAAAUCUUUCCAUUAUAUACCACUGAUAAACAGUUUAGAACAAUUACUGUCUCAUCCGAAAAUCUUUGCAAUGAUAAUUGAUGGACCUCAGAAAUGCAGCAGUGGAUAUUUUUAUGACAUAGAUGGUGAACUCAUGCAAACACACCCUUUAUUUUCCUCUAACCCCUCUGCUUUACAGAUUAUCCUUUAUUCAGAUGAAAUCGAAAUUUGCAAUCCACUCGGGUCUCAUGCUUUAAAGAACAAGUUGCUCAUGUUUUACUACACUUUGGGAAAUAUUAAUCCAAAGUACAGGUCCAAAUUAGCUUCAAUCCGCCUUCUUGCCAUUGCAAUGAAAAGGGACCUCUUAGAAUGUGGAGUUGAUGCCAUACUGGCAAGACUGCAUGACGACUUGGUAAAGCUUUAUAAUGGUGUGAAAAUUCAUCUUGCAAGUGGUGAACAUGAAAUAUAUGGAGCAGUGGUUUCCAUAUGUGGAGAUACUUUAGCUCAGCAUGAGCUGUGUGGAUUUAAAGAGGGUGUAGGCUUUGCAUACAGUAAAUGCAGACAUUGUGAAUGUUCUUUUGAAAAAAUGCAGAAUUAUUUUAAUGAAGAAAACUUUGAGCAAAGAACACUGGAAAGACAUAUUCGACAGUGCAGUGACAUUGAGAAAGCCAGCACUGAGUUUCUCAGGAACAGCCUUAAAACUACAUACGGAAUAAACCGAAGGAGCAAAGUAAUGGAUUUCCCUGCCUUCAAUUUGAUCCAACAAACACCUCAAGAUAUAAUGCACGUAAUUCUUGAGGGCAUUGCUCCCUUGGAACUUAAGUGCUUGUUGAAACAAUUGGUUCUUUUGGGACAACUGGACCUAGAUGCUUUCAAUGCUGGUAUCAUUGGCUUCCCAUACUCUCCACAAGAUACUAGAGAUAGGCCUUGUCCUAUUGCAUACAGUACAUUAGCUUCCAAUGACAAUAAACUGAAGCAGUCCUCAGGUCAAAUGCUUGUUCUGCUCAAAAUAUUGCCAUUUCUGUUGGAUGUAAUUAAAGGUAGUGCAUAUUUUUCAUUUAUUCUUGAACUUCUCGAAAUCGUUCAGCUUUUGUUUUCACCUGUUAUAUGUCUUGAGACUAUUGACAAAUUGAAAGUACUUAUCGAACAGCAUCUUCAACAUUUUAAGGACCUUUUCCCAGAUUCCAACAUUACACCUAAACAACAUUACUUGAUUCAUGUUCCAUCCCAGAUUAAACUGUUGGGACCAAUGCUCCGUCACAUGUGCAUGAGAUUCGAAUCCAAACAUUGCUUUUUAAAAAAAUGGGUUUUAAAGGUAAAUUUCAAAAAUGUCUGUAAGUCCUUGAUUAGGCAUAAUCAAAUGUUUGAAUGCUGUCAGAAUGUGAACAGUUCCAACCACCCCAUUUUUACUAGUGAAUGUGUGCUGGGACCAGUAUCAGAAGUAAAAAAUAUGCCAUAUUUAAAAGGAAAAGUAAAGGACUACUUUGGAGUUGAUCAGAUAGACCAUGCAGUAUCUGUUAAGUGGAUUACUUUGAAUGGUAACAAAUACAUUUGUGAAAAAACAUUACUUGCGUGUAUGGCAGAUUCUACAAGCCUAACAGAAUUUGGACUUGUGAAGAACAUUUAUGUCAUAAAUUCAUCUUUGUAUUGUUUUGAGUGUCAGAGGUACAGUACUGUCUGUUUUGACAGAGACUACAUGUCUUAUAAAGUUGAGAUUCCCAACCUGGCAGAGGGAACUGAACUAGUAAACGCAGACAAACUUGUAGACUUCACACCGUAUUACAGUUUCAUUCACAAGGACAUUACUUAUGUCCCUAUAAAAUAUUACCUCAGAGAUGUGAUGGAAUUACAUAAAGCUUCAAAUGCGUGAGAAACUUGUGUGUUCUGUAAAUUUGUGUUUUGUCUUAUUUGAAACAUAAAAAAAAAAAGUUUCUUCCAUUUAUCAUUGUGAUGUUUUAAAGAAUGUUCUGGGUUCAAUACAGGUUAAGCUCAGUCAGCACCAUCAUUUUUUUGAAGGAAAAAGUGAAAGUUAUUUAUUUUUUGUGAUAAUCAGCAUUAUGCAACAAAUGCUGUUGAUUGAGCGUAACCUGUACUGAACCAAGAAUAUUUCUUAGAGGAACUGUUAAUACUCGUGAAGUGCUGUCCGUUUAGACAGGAAGAAAUCUAUUAGAAUUGAUUGUGCUACAUAAGAUUCUGUGAAUACAAAUGUUGAA